AUGGCGAACUCGAUACCAGUGAUGACAAAGCCUGGCCAGACAGUACAUGUGGGUCUUGACGGAUUGGCAAUUCCUUCGACGUCCGUCCGUCAUCAAACGGCCUUGAACAAUGCGAACAGCGCUGGGGCGCGAAGAAACCUUACCAGAGGUGGUCCUAGCUUGAUAGACAUUCUCGGUGCAGCCGAAUCAUCUCCGCAUGUGAGCUCGAGCACUAGUAGUCAUCCUACGGUUGGCAGUCAUGCAACACCGCUGAAUAACGAGCGCUCAUCUGGCACGGCAGACACCCAUCAUGGCUCUAUAGCGGCACACAGUGGUAACAAUGUCACUUCCCAGUCUCCUGCGCAUUUUUCAGUUCUCCCGCAUGUCCCUAGCGGCCCGGACCUGGCUUCUGGAGCAACGAACUCGACCAACAGUAGCGUUCAAAUCUGUCAGCGGAUGGACGAAGUCAGUGCGCGCAUGAUUGCGAUGGAAGAGAUGGUCACCAAGCUUUGCUGCAAGAUCACAGACCAGGAUGCGUCUAUUCAGCAGAUGCGGGAACAAAACGAUCGAUUUCUAAACGUCAUUUUAUCUGAAAUUCGCCAGAUAAACCACAGUAUGCCCGUUUUAGAUAAUCCCGAUGACAACGAAAAAGAUGGCUUUGUUACGGACUUGCUAAACUCAAUAACCAACGUGAGCUCCAACUAUCUGAAGAGGGUCAAUUCAAAGCAAACGCAAAGAUAUAAGCGCCAGCGCUCUUCUUUGAGUGAACCAGAGAAUCAUCCGUCGAAACAGUCAGUAUCUUCUCCUCCUUCAGCACAGGCAUCAUUACAUGACAAUGACAAUAACAAUGACAAUGACAAGGCUAUCAAUAUUGCUGCUAUGGCACGGCAACGGUCCCAGACUACUGAAAGACAGGCGCUUUCAGUGUCUCAAAAUGCUAACACUACGAAUUCUUCCGCUUUGGCGCUGCCAACGUAUCUCACUCAACAGUCCUUUACCCUGAAUCCAAAUGGCAUCAAACGUAGAAGAGCUAAUACGGUGGCAAAUAACAAUACUCCCACGGUCAUUCAAGGACAUCAGGACUUGGCUGCAUCUUCUAAUGGUUUGGGGUCGACAAGCUUACCAAAUAUAGCCCUGGAGAACAUGUCUCGAAAAUUCGGCCCUCACAUGAACACCAAUUUGUUCCCAUCUAUGCAGGAUGCGACAAUCGCUAACUCGAGAGCUCGAAGUCGGCCUAUCGACAUCCAGGUGGGCUCGGAUAGCGCAUUGGACACGGAUUCGUCAGAUGAAGAAGACGGGUACCAAGAAGAAGACGAGGAUCACAAUAGCGACGCGUUCGGGUCCCAGGUGGACAUUCGAGCGACCAGUGGUCGUGGUGCCGUAGGCAGGCCCCAGGAACUGAAUUACGAGUCAGCUUACGCCGAUUUCUUCGAGCCGUCUGCUCAAAACAUGUCGCGGUCGACUAGCAGCAGAUACCAGCGCGAAACCGGUGCAAACCAACCAAAUGCAAGGCCUCCACGGAGGACGAAUUCGAAGGGCCACGAACGAGACCUGAACUACACGUUGUUGAAGGCGCCUGCGAACGUCAGAGCCAUAUGGCAAGAGUAUAUCGAGGGUGUCAACGGCAACCCGUCUGUGAAGUUCCUGGAGGACGCGUACGGCAACAAAUGGCGACUUAAGAAGAACGUCAAGACUUUUGCAAGAAGGAAGCGGCUUUACAAGUUUAUUUUGAACGGCCUGAAACGGGGCCACAGUGCUGAUGAGAUGAUUGAUCUUUUGGAAAAGCGAAGAAUCUACAAAAACGAGCAUGGAGAAGUGAAAAAACGUACAAUUGGAUGGCUACAGCAAAGUUUGAGUGGCAUUUGA